AUGUACCGGCGAGUAGGUGGCGCAGCGUGUGACUGGCCCGAUCCAGCGGUGCCAGGCCUUAAGGCGGCAUCGUCAAAAGCAGCGCCUUUGCCACCGGCCGCAAGCCGGCACGGCGAACAGAGGCGGACGCUGCGCCAUUUCGUUGUUUUACUCGACGCCAGGCCUAGCCGGUUGGUGAUUGGCUCUUUUCAAGGUCAGCCCAACAGCCUGGCUCGAAGAGGCCUGGUCUUGCGACCGUCGGACGGAGACGGAAUGGACGGGCCUUGGCGUGUCUUCACCGCCAGAGCGCGAGAACCUCUGGCGCUGCACAGCUUCUGCGCAUGGCCACCUUUCCUGCGCGCGUCUGACCGCGGCUCUGCAGCACCGGAGCCCACGGGAGCCGCUUGUCUUGCGGCAAACAUCCGUCGGAGGCGCCGUCGCCACGACGGAAAAACUUCGUCAGCCCAGCCCGGCUAA